AUGCGCAGUUGAUGUCAGAGUUUCAUACUGUGCAAAGUUCAGGCAAACAGAUUAGGAGGCAUGUUUCAGCGCACCACUCACUACUGAUUACUGUGACAUGGUAAACCAGCGGAAAACCUUCUGUCCAGCCAUACGUCUAGACUUGAGAUGCCACCCACCAAACAACAGAACGGGGAACUUGCAUCAGGGGAGAGUUCAGAGAGCAUAGAAGCGAAAACUACCCAAAUCCAAAGUCAGACAAAUGGAGACCUGAAAGCACAUGAGGAUUCAGUGGUGCUUCUGAAAGAACAACUAACUCAGCUGGGUACAAUAAGACAACAGUCACCAGAACAAAGAGACCAAGAGCUCAACAGACUUCUGCUUCUGUUCAUCCAGGUCUCAGAGAGCGGCAGUGUCCUGGAUGAUCUGGAACUCCAGGGCUUGGCGCUGCAGGUUGGAGAAGCUCUUGUCUGUCAUAUACAGCAGCGAGUGGCAGAUAAGCCUGCAGAGGAAGCCCGAUAUGAAUUGGAGCAGUUGUUUCAGAGGUCAGAGGUCAGAAGCAACCAAGGAUGGCUUCUGCUCAAAUCGAUAUCUCUUUUGUCUAACAGAGACUCUGAGGUUGGCGUUAUGAUCAAGACAGGUCUACCAGCUGCGUUAGUCAAGUGUCUCUACCUGUUUGUAGCUUUGCCUCCCCGAAAAGAGAGCUCUGUCUCUCAGAAUGAUGUCGACGAGGAAGUCAAAUGCUCUUUUCAGGACACCUUUACUCAGGUGAUCUUGCAGCUGUGCAGGCAUGUGUGUUUUGUGGAGGUUCUGUUGGAGACCCAGGAGCUCUCAAGCGUGAUCAUCUCUCUCACACUGCUGUGGGAUCAGUGCAGCCCCUCAUGGAGACAGCAGGCGUCCCGUGUGCUCAGAGUGGUGUCUGCCGCUCAAGCUCACAACACUGUACCUGCACUGCAAGCUAGUAACUGCAUGAAGAUCUGCAUCCAGAACAUGCAUAAGAUCAGCGAGAACAUCCCUUGUCAUGUUCUAGCUGAGGUGGCCGUGAGUGUUUUCAGCUUUGUGAAGGACUCUUAUCCAGUCAGCCCUGCUCUUUUUGAGGAGUUUGAGAACAAUGAUGGCUAUAGCAUCUUUCAGGCCAUUUUAAUACGGUGUGAGGAGGAAGUGACAGAGGAGCAGUAUUUAGCCGUUCAAGACCUUCUAGGCCUCAUCGCGUCAUUCACACUUUUUGGCAAGGCUGAACUGAAGGUUGCCAUAUGUGUGAACAACCCCCAACCACCAGGCUUCACGUUUGACCCUACUCUGACUAACGGUUCGCCAGUGAAGAACCUCACAGCCUUCAAAAUCAUCCAGGCCUCCUUCUUGCGCUCAGGCAACACAGUGAUCUGCAGCCAAAUCCUGCGUACCAUCCAGAUGAUCUGGUCUUGGGAAAAGGCUAACUUCUUCCUGGUGGAGUGGUCUCUGCAGUCUCUGGCUCAGCUGGCCGAGUGUGUGUGGCAGAAAUCGCCACCUGUUCACCUCAUUUUCUUCGAACUGCUUGAAACCGUCAUCUACCAGCUCUCCUACAUCCCACACGAGACAAUCAGGAAGGUCCAAGCCGUGUUGAAACAGGGUUCCUCCGAGGCCUUUAAUGUCGCAGCUCUGGACUGCUUCUACAGGCUCAUCAUUCACAGCGGAUUGCUGUCUGAAGUCCUGAGUGAUGGAGGACUGAUGGAACAACUGUUGUUUGAGCUCAAAAGAAGGGCAAAGAUAAUCAGAAAGACUGGUGUUGCUGUUGAGGAGAAAGCUGACAGCUAUGAGAGGAAGUUGACCACCAACAUUUUGAAUGUGGUGUCAGCCCUGGCCUUGCAGUCAGUCAGAAACACUGUAUUCAUCAGGGACUUGGGAAUGAUUCCCUAUGUGAAGAUCUUUCUGGAUGUUGAGCAGUUCCGCAGUCCAGCUCUGUGCAUCCUGGAGCAGCUGUCGGAGGUCAAUCCAGAGGAAUACAUGAGCACCGCCAUCGGAGCCCUCUGUUCCUCCACUGAGAGUGAGAUCAGACUCAAACAGGAUCUCUUACAGUCUAUUAUGAAAGUUCUGGAAAACCCAAACAGCUGGAAUGCCUUCCGCACCUCUGGAGGAUUUACUGGCCUGCUCUCCAUAGUUGUGGACAUGGAAGGAUCUCUGCUGGAAGCCCCAGCAGGACCAUGGGCCGCACUGAGCCGCCAGAGCCUUGUUGAGCUGCUGCUCCUCACCCUACACACCCUUGCCCUUGCUGUGCAUGUGCACCCCAUCAAUGGCCACAUUUUCCACACGACCGGAGUCUGCGAGAAGCUUGGUGAUGCUCUGAUGCAGUUGGGCUGUUUCCAGAGAGGGGUCCCUGUGGAAACAGACAAAGAAAUCUUUGACUGUAGGACUUUCCAAGAGUUUGUGGAGGCGGUGAAGAGGCCAGAACCUCAGUUGCCACCACCUUUAGGAGACUGUGUUAAGCUGCUGGGAUUCCUGGAGCAAUUUGCUACUGGUGUGAGCUUGGUUGCAGGUCCAUCUGCUGGAUUGCAUGAUAAUAAUGACGCUGGUGAGAGUCAGAAGACAAAGGAGCCAACCAAUGAGGAUGAGGCGUUGAAUCACACCAGGGCCUCAAGUGUCUCAUUUGUAUCAACAGAUUCUGGAAGGGCUUACUGUGACCUCAUCAUUCUUCAUCCUGGAGCUGUUAAGCUGAUCAUGACUCUUCUGCCUAGUAUCUACUGUCCCAGUGACCCUUGUUUGUCUGAAGAGCUGCAGCUUGCUGUGAUUCAUCAUGUGCAGACUAUGUUGAAAUCGGACAGAGAUAGACAGAUCAUGUGUGAGUUUGGUCUGGCGUCCACACUGCUGACUCACUGCAAACAUAUCCUCAUUGACAAUUCCCAUUCAUUACACCUGCCCAUAGUACGGAUCCUUGAGAAACUCGCAUCUCAGUCCAUGGAUCACAAAUGCCUCAGGCAGUUCCUUUGUCUCGGGGAUCCUCUGAUGUGCAGUGGUAACAAUCGGCUUUCUGUCUCCUGUGAAGAGGCCAGAAACACAAACCAGACAAAAGACUCAACAGAGGAUAACAAAAAAUCCUCAAAAAAGGCAAUGAAAAGAAGUUUCAGUCUACUGAAAACAUCUUCAGACAGUGGGACUGUAGUUCCUCUUCAUAGAAUCAUAAGUCUUGUCUCCAUAACAUCGCCACGGAGCAUUCAGCCACACAAAGUCUCCAUUUCCCCUUCCUUUGUGGAGUUUGACAUGACAGACAGUGGCUAUGGGUAAAAUAUCCUCACAAAUUAAUCAGUUCAUAGACAACAAUACAGAUGUGUGUCCCGUGGUUGUCAACCAGUGGCCAGGGCCCACUUGGGCCUGCAAAUUUGUCAUCACAGUGACCACAGUGGAUGGCUUCAGAUGAAUUAAAUAUAACAAUUGAUAUUUAAAAAUAUAAUUAUUUAUGAUAUUUAAAGGGGUCAUAUGAUGCAAUUUUAAAUCUUCCUUUCUCUUUGGAGUGUUACAAGCUCCUGGUACAUAAAGAAGAUCUGUAAACUUGCAAAGACUAAAGUCUCAAAUCCAAAGAGUUAUUCUUUAUAAAAGUUAAGACUCAUCCACACCACCUCCUAAAACGGCUCAUACUAACAUGUCCCCACAUCUCUACGUCACUAUGUGGAAAGAUUUGCAUGACACUGCCCAGACAGCUGCCAUGUCGUAUAGAUGCUAUGUGUUUGGUUAUGAAAGCAAAACUACUUUGUUUGGCCUUCCAAAAGAGGAUGAUAUCCACUUCGUCAUGCCAGGAGCAGAUCCAAGCUGAUUCUGAGCUUGUUUAUUUUUCCCGCAUAUGGCACGUUUGUGCUCUAAAGACGCGAUUGGCUUCAAUGCACAGAAUUUGCACUGUGAGACAUGUGCGCAUUGCAUGACAGUCUGUGCUUUCACCGACCUGGUUUU